CACAUUCCAUUGAAAGAGAGAAGAAGAGCAAGAUGGCGUUACAGAGAUCAACGGCGUCUUUUAGGAGACAAGGAUCGUCAGGACUCAUAUGGAACGACAGAUUCUUGAGCGGAGAAAUUCGCAACGACGAAAGACAAGAAGACCGGUGCAAUGAUCAUCGUGACGGAUCAAUGGCGGCUACGGCAGCGACAGUGAAACGUAGCGCAUCAGAUGGAGGAUGUGGCCAUGGUGGAAGAUUGGGGGAGAUAUCUCCAGCGUUGGAUCCACCUUCUCCUAAAAUAUCUUCCGUUGGUUGUGGCUUUUGUUCUCUGUUUUCGUCUGAUAGGAGAAGAAGAAGCAGAGGAAGGAGAAGAUCAAGCGGUGGAAGUACAUAAUUAUCUUAAAGGGUAAUUAAUUAACGUAAUUGCAACGUUGAGAUCAUCUUUAGGAUUUGAUUAUGUUCUUUUCUCUUAUGUGAAAAUUUCGAAAUCUUGAUGGAUAAAGCUAAGGAUGGCUU